AUGGAGUACUCCUUUCUCCUCCAAUUUUUUGUUGCUCUUAUCGUUGUUGUGUCAUUUAUAUUUGUCAUAUUCUUGGUGUUCACCUUCCACUAUUUGGAACGCGUGUUAAUGAAUUUGGUGAGUUUUAUGAUCAUACUUGUGUGCGCUCUUGUCACGUGUUUUCUGAUUGUUUUAAACACGUUUGAGUACUCAGUGAAUUAUCCAUUGUUACCCGCAACGGAUCACUUAAACCUCUCUUCAAUCAUUAUUGGUAUCAUCUUCACGGGAGUCUAUUGCGUCGUCGUCCCCUUUUCCGUGAUCAUCUUAAACGACAAACACGCCGUGAUCAACGCUAUUAGUGUGACUUUGCAGAUAACGGCAUUUUCCGUCUUAGUCUUUAUAUUAGCACCAAUUGUUAUAACAAUGGAAGUUGAGAACAACGACGGGUUUUCAAUUGAAUCCAUUUUUGUCAACUUGGACCCGACUGCUCAAAUCAGUUUGAACAAAUUGUAUGUCAAAGAUGAUAACAACGUCAUCGAAUGGCUGAUCUCAGGCACGUGUGCGAUUUUUAUAUGUCUGGUCUUCUGCGGGCGAGUGAUAUUAGUGUAUUAUGGCGGGUAUGGGACGGCAUCCACUGGUAUAGAAAUGAUCCGUGGGACGAUAUUUAGUGAGAUGUCGCCAUACCAGCGCAACGAGAAGUUGUAUCUCUCAGACUAUUUAAAUGCUCCCCAACACAGUACUACUCAAUUUAAAGAGUACACUAAAUUGAAGUUAGAAUUGUAUCAGAAAAAGUACGACGCAUUACAUUUACCAAAGACACGAGCUUAUAUAGUGAUGAUGAUAUUUAGAAUCAUAUUUGGCGUAUUAGCUAUAUUGUCAUCAGCUACAUACGUUGUGUGUAUUAUAGUCAGUUUGUAUGGAGAUAUCUUAUAUAGUCAAUGUGGCUGGAAAUGUGGGUUCAUUCCUCAGACGUCGGGGAAGAUCCUCCCCUUUGAAAAGAUGCUUGAUGUGAUCAAUGGAGAUAACUUGUUUGUGUUGCGAUUCAUCAUUCUGUUACUUCUUAAUAUGUAUUCGGCGUUCACUGUGUUUCUUGGAGCUCGGCAGUUGUUCACACGAUACCCAGGCGUGUCUAAAUUUGUAUUAAAAGCUAGAAAAACACUACCUGGUUCUGUGGUGUUAAUAGCAUCAUUCAUAUGCUUGUCGUCUGUUGGAUUUGUGAUGCAAAUAAUAUCGAUUAUGCCUAAUGUUUUAAUGUAUGGAUCACAACUGGACUCCUCUGGCAUGAGAUGUACUAUGAUGUCCAUUGGUCCUUGUGAACCCACUGGAGUAUCAAAGAUGCUCUUCAAAAUUAUUGCAACAAUUCCGUAUGUCGGGCUUGUUAUUUAUUUGUCGAACAUUUUCUACUUCUUCACAACAAUUCUCCACGUUAUAGAAGAAGUCGUUUUACUUACAAAGACUCUGUUCACAAAAACAGAAAAGUUGUUAAAAGCAAAUUGA